AUGGUAUCCGCCAUAGUGGGCAAAUCCGGUCGCACUUACAACCAAGGCGAAGUACUCCAACGUAAUCGCGAGGACCAUAAGCUUAGUGUCUUUAAAGCCGAGUCCGGGAAUGAGUCUUUUGUCUUCAAGCGCGUUCCUAGGCCGUUCUACGAUCUAUCCCUGCGCCUAGCAGCCGAGCUCGCAGGCUCCCGUCGGCUCCGAAUGCAUGUCGAUUGCAGCCGAGAGGAGGGUAUUUUGGUUUAUCCCUAUUUCAGGAGCACACUACUUGCAUUGAUUCAAGAAGAUCCGGACUUUCCUCCGGUAGAGCGAAAGAAGAUCCUGCGAUGUGUAGGAGAGGCAAUACAAGAGCUUCAUAGCAAAGAUUGGAUCCACAUCGAUGUAAAGCCCGAUAACAUUUUGGUUAAUUGGACUUGCGACGGAGAGAGUAAUAAAUUAGUCACCGAGGCGGCCCUGGGCGAUUUUGAUAUCGCUUUCAAGUUGAAAGGCGGAGAAUCGCGUCAGACCCCUUACGCAAUAGGGAAUGCCAUGUGGCGAAGCCCAGAAGGACAGACGGGAAGGGGUGUGACGAAGGCGUCGGACAUAUUCUCUUUUGGACUAGUGUGUAUAUACGCUCUUGGGGGUGGGGAGUUACUGCUUUUAGAUGAUUACCAGGAGUUAGUAAAGAAUAAUAUAAGGCCGGAACAAGAGAUCCUAGUUCGACACUUCUCUUAUUUUGGGCUGGUUCCCGAAGGACUCCUGAAGCAAGUCAACAAUGAGAAUUGGUCCAACGCUUUGAAGGGAGCGUCAGAAAUAGCUGAGGAGGCAGUGAAGGACCAACCUGAACGAAGAUUCGAGCGGUGGGGGGAGGAGCUUGGUCCCGAGGCACAAAACAUGAUAUCUGGAAUGACAAAUCCAGACCCGGCGGCUAGACUAACGAUAGAACAAGUCCUGGCGCAUCAAUGGUGGCAGGUUGAUUAG